AUGGCCAACCCAUCCGUCAAGGAUAGUCAAGAAGAAGAGAGAAAGCUCUUCUCAAAGGAAGAAAUGAAGAGCAUCAACUGCCAGGGGGAUACGAUCGUCUGCGAUGCGGGGGAAUGGAUGAUCCGGGCGGGUUUUGCAGGUGCCACCGAGCCUGUGGUAGCCUUCCCCGACAUCCUGGGGCGUCUGAGGGCUGUGUUUGGCCCCGCGGGUAGAAAUGACCUCUUCAUAGGCGACGAAGCAUAUCGUAUGAGUGGCAUACUCAGCCUGCGGCAACCGAUCGAGAACAACAGUGUGAAGAGUUUUGAUGACCUGGAGACCAUCUGGAGCUACCUGUUCAAUGGAAAGCUGGGCAUCCAUCCAAUGGAGCACUGCAUGCUUGUAACAGAACCCCCACUGUGCCCAAAAAGAACGCGGGAGAGAAUGACACAGGUGUUUAUUGAGACGUACAAUGUUCCUGCGGUGUUCAUGGCCAACAAAGCGGUCCUGCCGUUGUAUGCUCACGGGAUGACUACAGGGGUGGUGCUAGACUCUGGUGAGGGCCGUUCCUGGGCAGUACCAGUGUAUGAGGGCUAUGCCCUGCCCCAUGCCGUCCGGUCGUCAUGGGUGUCUGGCCAUGAGCUCACAGACCGGUUCAUGGCACUGCUGGCGAUGCGGGGACUGCCGUUUGGCGACAAGGGCGACAGGAAGGCUGUGCGGCGGAUCAAAGAGGAGAUCUGCUAUGUGUCGCGCGAGUUUGACUUUGACGUCCUGUCGAGGACAACAGAGGCAGAGGUGGUGCACGAGCUGCCCGAUGGCCAGAUCAUUGGUGUUGGUGCUGAGAGGUUCAUCGCCCCGGAGGCGCUCUUCAAUCCCAGCAUUGUGGGGAUGAAUGAUGCAGGUGUGCACGACCUUGUGGCAGAGGCCAUAUCAGCGAGCGACCACGAUGUUCAGCGGAUGCUCGCAGACAAUGUCGUCAUCGCAGGGGGAUCGACGAUGUUUCCCAAUUUUGUUGAGAGGCUGGAGGGGGAGUUGCAUGGUGCGCUUCCCAAGGGCAUGGCUCCCACAGUAGUGUCCAAGGGUCCCAGGGACUGGCUGACUUGGCUGGGGGGCUCUACGCUGGCACAUCUCUCCAGCUUUCCAGCCAUGUGUGUCUCCCGGGAAGAGUAUGCUGAGGCAGGACCUGCAGUAAUGAACCGCCGGUCGUUCUGA